CCGGCAGUAGUCAGUUGUUUCGAUUUGUAAAGAACAAGUGCCUGGCUACGCGGCAUCCCAAGACAGCAACCGGCAGCUCUCGUACAUUUCGGCGAGUCGCGAGUUCUCGCGGAUUUUUUUUGAAAAUUCGGUGUAGCAUGUGAGUUUGUGUUUUGUUUUUGGGAUACACAUUUUAUCAAGUUGCAUCAAUGACACUAAGAGAAAUGAAGAAGAAAAGACAACUACUAGACUCUGGAGGAAGAAUGGUACCAAAACCUGACGAAGCUAUCAAUACCGAAAGGUAUUCAAAAUUGGAAGAUACAGGAAGGGAAAAACAGCGACCGCCAAUCUACAACCCUGAAGAUUAUGCUUUCUUGUUGAAAAAAUGGGGAAAGAAAUCUGGCCUUGGCAUCAUAUCCCUUUAUUCUUCUUCAAGUGUAUCCGACCUGGACAGUAAUCAUUCCCAAAGAAGUACCUUCCGAGAUUAUAGGAAUCCAAUGCUGAGUUCGUCAGGCAUGGAAAUGACUCUAAGACAAUUUGGGACUGUUUCAGAAUUAUUAGCAAAACUGAAAUGUGAUCUUCGUUCGGCAUAUCCUAGCUUUGUUCAAGAAUUCGUAGCUGAUCCCCUAGACGGAGUAAAUCUUCUACUAGAUCUUCUUCGCGCCAUCCAACUCAGCCAGUCGAACAACAGUCAAGUGCAGCAAUGUUCGCCAGGUGGCGCCACUUCCAAACUACCACCAGCUCUUCAGCGAAGAACGUUAUUGGACGAGCUGUCGUGUCUUCAAUGUCUCCACAGUUGCUGCAUGCGAUACACAGAGGCGGUUAGAAAAUUAACCUCCUACUCUGCAGGACUAUUCACUUUGGCAAUUUGCAUAAUGAGCAACGUAAAUAAAUCGAGGAUCGUUGCUUUACAGCUUCUAAGCAAAGCCUGUGAAUCUCCGACCAACAGCCACACAGCAGUUUCCGAAGCCAUGUCAACCCUCAGAUUGAGAUUCGGAGAACCAGUACGAUUUCGGUUCUUAGUAGGAAUGCUAAGUUCAGCAGGAAGUCACGUGGAAUUACUCUCGGCAGGAUUGAAAUUUCUCAACACGUUUCUUAAGACAGCGGAAUCGGUUCAGAAAAGAGUUUAUCUGCAAGCCGAGUUGGAGCAAGCUGGAUUUGAUUUAGCUGCGAUCAAAAAGAACAUUGGAGUAAAUAUCAAUACCUGUGAGCCUCUUUUAGACGAGAUGAUUACGUUUGAAAAACAUUUUAUAGACAUAGAAGGCCUAACAAUACGAACUGAGAGUGCAGAAAAAGAAAAUGAUGAUUUAAAAGAUAAAUUAUCUGAAUUGGAGCAAAAAAUUCAGGUUUUACAAGAAGAAAAAGGAAUUUUAAUAUCAAUGGAUCAGUGUUUACGAGAAAAAUGCAGUGAGUUAAGAGAAGAAGUUCAUUCAUUGAAAUCUGCGCAAUCAGAUGCCACAUCAAGAUUAUCCAAAAACCAAGAGUCUACUCCUGAGGAUGAAGGAAUCUCCUCAUCUGAACGCACUCCAAGUCCGGAAGCCGACAUUCAAGCGUCCUCACCCGUCUUUGAAAUAUACACAGCUCCGGAAACUCAACACGAAAACGAAUCGGAAGAUGAAACAACAAUUGAAGAAGUUAUCCAAGAACUACAAGAUAUAAUCAGUAACGAAGAAACAGAAGCCUACAACAGGGAAAAUCUCAAACUUAAUAUUCAAAGAAAAAUUGAAGAAGAAAAACAAAUUACUGGUAAAAUUAAUACAAGAAUACAUAUUGAUGAUUAUGCUAUAUCAAGCGAUUAUGAAAUAGUACCAUCAAAUUUACAACCUGAGCCACCAAGAAAGUCAAGAAGCCUAAUCCAUCUGUUUAUACCCACAGCUGAUUAUGAACGUAAUCCUAAAGAAAUAUUUUUUGAUACAGAAAGUUUAACAACAGACAGUUCUUUCUCAGUUGUUGACGUUUCUAAUUACUGCCCUCCUCUUUACGAAAAUAAACUACCAUCAAUUAAAGGAAACAAUAAUAAUUUAAGUAGAAGGAACUCCAAAGUAAGCAUUAAACGUUCAGAAUCAUUCAGACAAGCAGCCAAUACUCUAUGCAGAUCGAAAAGUAACGAUCCAGAAGGGUAUACGUCCUACCAACCGAAUGAUUCAACUCUCUGGGGAAAAACCAAGCCAAAAGAUGAACAAAAACCUGAAUUGUCACUUAAAUGCAAAAGUAUGGAUACACUAGGCGAUGGAUAUGAUUCAUUUAUUAACGUUGUCGUCAGUAACAAUGAUAAAACCAACAAUGCUCCAGGUUCCAGAUCGAAAAGUGAUUCAGGAAAUAUAUCUGGCACAUCACUUUGCAGAAGUAUAUCGAACGUUUACGUGAAUUCCCAAAAAGAUAUAAAAACUAGAUUGAGUUCGUAUUCGGAGGAGAAACAUAGAAUGUUUUUACCUUCUAAUGGAGAGGAGAAUGAAGUGCUUUAUUAUUUUCCCAGGAUACAGGAAAGAAAAACUAGCAACUCGUCUAGUUUUUUGAUGAAUAGAGGAUAUAUUAACGCAGGACUCUAUUCUGGUCAAAGUAUUGAAACUCAUCGAUAUUUUUCAGGAAGUAGAGAGGUUGUAGGAAGCGACUGUAGGAGUUCUGGAAAGUUGACCGAUUAUCCAUCAGGAUUAUAUUAGCGAUAGGUUUGUUGCAUUUAUAUUAUUAAGAUAUUUUAAAAUC